AUGACAGCCUUUCUCGAGCUGCCCACCGAGCUGCUCUGCCGCUGCUUAGAGCUUUUAGACCAUGUAUCCUUAUGCGCCUGCCGCAGUGUGUGCCAUGAACUCAAACAGACGAUAGACGCCGACACGCAGUGCCAAUAUACUCUCGCCCUCGCAGGCGCAGGGUUGGAAGACGUCCCGAUCUCUGGACCGGGCUGGUCUACGGGAGAGAAACUGGGCGCUGUGCGACGCUACGACCGCGCGUGGCGCAAUCUCGAGUACUCGUCGCACAGAACGUAUCCGUCUGCUUCUGGUGGUCUGUGGGAGCUCUACAACGGCGUCUGGGGACACGACGUGGAAGACGGACAUGUCUUCGAUUUCAUUCAACUUCCUUCCGAGAUACGCGGGAUCCCCGAGCGCCGAUGGAGGGUCCGUCUGGACGUCACUCCGCGCGAUUUUACUUUCGAUCCUACGCAUGACCUGCUCGUUGUCGUGGUUCCCCAUAACCCGAAUUGGAUACCUGACGACGACUCGGACUCGGACGAAGAGGAUGAUAAUCCAGAGCCUGGUCGUGUCAGUGUCCAUCUCAGAACGCUCUCUGAUGGUCUGAGGCAUCCACACGCUAAGACCGCAGAGCUCGAGUAUCCGUCUACACUCAAUCGGCUGCUUAUGUGGUCGUACUCUAUCCGCAUAUGUGGCAGGCAUCUGGGUGUCUACCGAUACAGCAGGAGCGGCGAAGCCGAGCUCACGGUCUGGAAUUGGAUCGAGGGCAAGCGAUGCUUGAGUCUAUGGGGGCUCAACACAAUCAAGGGUUUCAUGUUCCUCGACGAAGGCAAGAUCAUCGUCGCGUCCCUUGUGUCGCCGAAUAGCCCCAAAGCGGCGGUUUACACUUACUCGAGCCUCAUCAUCUACUCUCUCUCUGAUUCUGCUGCCCAUCUUGAGACCAUGAUGGAUGUCGACGAACCAGCAGGCUCGGUCUACGACACCCCCUUCCUCGUCGCCAUUCAGAUGCCGCGCAUCCCCAUACGUAACGACACUCGGGACCUUCAGAUCCACUCUGAUCCAUCGCCUUACGUCCCCGUCGAUUCGACCUCGACAACACCCGUCCCAUUUCGCCUCAACCCGCACGACCGCAUGUUAGCGGUGCACAACCUCUUGUUCUGGGAAGAGCAACCCACAACUAAAACGGCCAUGGUACCCUUCUCCUUCAUCCAUAAAUGUGUCGCCGAGUCUGAACCUGGAGCGAUACUCGAUGCUCGUCUUUGGACUCAGACUGCGGUGCAUCUGCCUGAGCAUGGGCGUUGGAGCGUCUGGGUGUGCUUUGUGUAUGGUAUGCGAUACGUCCAUCCGACGGUAAUACAAGACGAGGACGGGAAGUACUACAUCAGCAUCGCAGACUUCCACGAAGUUCGGAGGAAAGUUGCCAGGGCCGAACAGGAGGACAGCGAGGAGAAGAGUCAGAUGAUCCAACCCGUCAGGCUCCUGCUCCCAGAGGCAUUGCAGAACGCCUCGAAUAGGUCGAUGUCGGUUAUGAUCAGCGAAGACGGUAUCGUCCUUCUUUCGCGGGACCUGCACGACCGGAAAGCAAAUAUACAACUCAUCAUCUUGUAUGUGAACAAAGUACUAUCGGUUCCUUUGGAACUGUCACUGUAUGCUCGCUUUGAGCGCGCCGAGCUGGUUCAGUUGGCCCACCCGCUGAUUGACGCUCGAUGUAUGUGA